CAAACCUGGAAGUCGAACAUUUACUUUAGUUACAGUUGUAGUUUUUCGCGGGCGAUUUGCUUGUUUUAAUGUAAUGCAUUUCACAUUGGGAUAUCUUCUUAAUAACAUUAGUACAACAAGCUGACACCGGUAGAGACACUGCCACUUCACGCUCAUACAGGAAGUAACUCGUCAAUCAGCUAGCUGGGCUGAGCAGACCAGGGGCCACGACGUAAACGUUAGCAGGCUAGGCUAACGUAGCUUAGCUUAACCUUGGGUCACUUUCUGUUUGUCUGUGGAGUCAGUGGACACGUUAGACACUCAUGUGAUGUCUCUCAGCGCCGUGCAUGGGACUCUGUCCAGUCUGAAGUCCUGUCAGGUGGACAUCGGGACAGGAAUGGACAUAGUGACAGACGUGGCUAUGGACCUGGCGGAGGCACAGGAUGAAGAGGGGAAUCCAGGCGUCAAAGAGAUGGAGGCCAUGAUUCUGGAGUGUGCUAAACUGGACACAGAAAUUAACUACUUUGUUGACAUUGUGCAACAAGUCACAUCAGAGGUUAACACACAGCAGCCUGAGGCCAUGUUCAGCCUGUCUGCCAAAGUCAAGGAGCAGUUCACAGAGAGAAUAGCCCGGCUCUCUGACGCCGAGCUGCAGAAUCACCAGAAAGUAGUCGCCUUCAAGGACAGCAUCAAGAAUUCUCUCAACCAAGCCAACCAAGAGUCAGCGGAGAACACGGAAGAGCUUGAUGAAGACAUCGCUGUUACACAGACCCAAGUCAACUUCACCUGCCCACUCACACAGGUGGAAAUGGUGAACCCGAUGAAGAAUAAGAAAUGUAACCACCACUAUGAUGAAGGAGCCAUACUGAGCCUGAUCAAAACAAAACAAAGCCAGAAAAAGAAAUGCCGCUGUCCUGUGGUGGGCUGUAUGACCACAGACGUGAAACAGUCAGAUCUGAUACCUGACCAGAUGCUGAGGAGAAAGAUCCAGAGCCAGAAGAGACACAGCAACCGCACGUAGUACUGUUUUACAUUUCUAUCGGUGGAAUCAUUUAUAAUAAAACCUGUGCCAAGGGAAUUAUUUGUAUUUUAAGAAGGAGUAUGUUGUUGGCAGUAUUUUUGAGAUUUAUACCUUAGGAAAACUCUGCUGUCCAUUGAAUUAGAAUUCAAUAAGUGAGUUUUUUGUGUUUCAACUGGAGCAUUUUUUGUACUCUUGUUGUAUGUAAAUAAAAGCUGCAGACCAUUUCAUAAAUGAAUACUGCCAAGCUUGUGUUUGUAAUUGGGAGUGACUGUAGAUAUUUUUUGUAAUAUCUUAACACUAUGCAGUGAGUUGAGAGAACCACAAGAGAGCAGUGUGUGCAUGAUGACACAGGAUAUCUGUUAAGAAAUACAUGUUUCAUCUCUAGAUUAUAAAUUCUCAGCUCCAGGUAAACUGGAUGAUUAUUAGUGGAGUUGUGACCCCUACUGGCAACUCUAAAUCCAAGAAGUGCUCAUUCUAGUCUUUCUCCAGGUCAUUGAGCGUUUUACCUGUAUGCACAUUAAAUGAAAUGAAAUCUUAAUGUGACUUGUAAUCCUCCUUAUCAAAAUAACACGGUUUCUUCUAACUGAAGUAAAAACUAAAUUAGUUGAGCUUUAUCAAUUUCUUCAUAAAUCAGUUAUUUGAAUGGGCCAUAAACAAAACAUUCUCAAACAUCUGCGGGAAUGCACUUUGCACUUAUGUGAUUAAAUCUCUCCCUUUCUGCCUGCUCCCGGUUCUUGUAAAGGGUCUUUGUUCCAAAGAGAAACAAACAAAGACUCUGUUGAGAUGAAACUAGGUGAAGCUAAUCUUUUAAUAACCUUGCAUCAGGCAUUUUCAAAAUUCUCUUAAUUGCUCUUCCCCUCUAAAGAGUGCGUCACGUAGCACUAAGAGCAUUUAGCCCAUGAAGAUAUUAACUGGCAACAAAUGAUCUCGAGUGUCGACUCAUUCAUUUCUCCACUCUACUUCAUUUUGAAUUACCAUUCUGCAAAGAUAAUCGUGUUUACUGCACAACAUGUGAAGUCACAGGUAAUUUAACAACAACAGUUCAAUUUGUGGAGAGUGCGCGCAAACAAGCAUUCACAUUGCAUUCACCAUAUCACAGGCAGAGCCAUUAAGCUGUUUCUUUGGAGGGAGGCAGAGCUGUAAAUAUCCUCAGAAAUUCAAUCACAAUAUUGUACAGACAUGCAGCACUGAGGAAAAAAACACAACCAAUCAGUUCCCCAUAGAUGUUUGCUUUCUUCUGGUUAUGUUUGAUCUGGAAUUCACAUUCAUCUGUUCAAAAGCUCUAGGAUGUAUGUGUAACUGCUGCCUGAAACAAUGUAAGCCUCAAUAUCUGGCUUGUCCAAGGAGGAUUUUACCUUUUUGGCAGGAAGUGAACAUAGUCUCACUUUGUGGCACAGGAGUCCUGGCGCAGAGGUGGAUGGAGAGGGAGGAGAACAGCGGGGCUCAGAUCAGACUGGUGUUCCAAAGUUCUGGUUUGAUUGAGGUGUCAUGCUUUUCUCCCCACAGCUUUCUGGAGAUAAAUCCAAACAGUUUGACACUCCCAUCACAAAAGGAGUCUGGUUUAUUGUACACCUUUUCUUUUUUUUUAACACUUUAUUUUUGUUGCUUUU